AGACAACAAAAGUAAGUAGUAAUACUAUGUAUUGUAACCUCUCAACAUUUUCAUUUUAUCAUUCCCUCUUUAAAAAAGAAAAAAAUAGAGAUGGACUGCACUUCAGUUAAGCUCCCUUGUUCUUUGUCUUCUUCCAUCCUCAAUCUUCAGGGUUCUUCAUCACCUGCUUGUAGAAAUCUUUCAAGCAACUCUUUACAUCCUCACUUCCUGUCCCCGCCACUUCCUAAUUCAUUGGUUCAACGUAGUCAUAGACCACACUCUUCUCUUUACAAACCAAAUUCAGGUUGUGUCUCUUCAAGAUUUUAUAGAGGGUUGAUAACCUCAGAAGCUCAAAAGCAAAAUUGGGAUUUUGUUAGAUUCUUCAAAACAAUAUAUUUUUUCAACGGGUCCCCAUCUCCUGCUAAGGUGGGACACGGUUUCUCUGCCAAAUUCUCUCUUAGCCCAUCACCUAGUACCCCAGUGCAAAUGGAAACCUCCGGCAUUGUCUUAGUGGCUGGAGCUACUGGUGGUGUAGGUAGAAGAGUGGUCGACAACUUGCGGAAGAAAGGUUUGCCUGUUCGAGUGUUGGUGAGGAAUGAAGAGAAGGCAAGGAAAAUGUUAGGGCCGGACAUUGAUUUGGUUGUAGGAGACAUUACUAAGGAGAGUACUUUGGUUCCUGAAUACUUCAAAGGAGUGAGGAAGGUUAUUAAUGCUGUUUCUGUCAUUGUUGGACCGAAAGAAGGAGAUACUCCUGACAGGGCAAAAUACAGUCAAGGAAUCAAGUUCUUCGAACCAGAGAUCAAGGGGGAUUCACCUGAAAAGGUGGAGUACAUUGGGAUGAAAAAUUUGAUCAUUGCAGUGAAGGGGAGUGUUGCACUUAGAAAUGGUAAACUGGUUUUUGGAUUUGAAGAUAAUAUAUAUAAGGAACUUGCCUGGGGAGCUUUGGAUGAUGUUGUUAUGGGAGGUGUUAGUGAAGGUGCAUUUCAGGUUGAUGCAAAUGGUGGUGAAAAUGGUCAACCAACUGGGAUUUUUAGAGGUGUAGUCUCAACUGCGAACAAUGGUGGCUUUUCAAGUAUCAGAACAAAGAACUUUUCAGUACCCGAGGAUCUCUCUGCUUAUGAUGGUUUGGAGCUGCGCCUGAAAGGUGAUGGUCGUCGUUAUAAAUUUAUUGUUCGGACUAGCACUGAUUGGGAUGCUCUUGGUUAUACAACAGCCUUUGAUACUGUGGAGGGCCAGUGGCAAUCAGUGCGCUUGCCAUUUUCUUCUUUGAGGCCUGUUUUUCGAGCAAAAACUAUAUCAGAUGCCCCUCCACUUGACCCAACUAAUGUUUUGUCAUUUCAGCUUAUGUUCAGCAAGUUUGAAUAUGAUGGAAAACUAAAUCCCACAUUUGUGGAAGGUGCAUUUCAGCUUCCAAUAUCAAGCAUCCGAACUUAUAUAAAGGAGCCUAUAACUGCCAGGUUUGUACAUGUGAGUUCUGCAGGAGUUACUCGACCUGACAGACCAGGUCUUGAUCUAAGUAAACAACCACCUGCCGUCCGCUUAAACAAGGAAUUAGAUUUUAUCCUGACAUUUAAGUUGAAGGGGGAAGAUUUGAUAAGGGAAAGUGGUAUACCGUAUGCAAUUGUGAGACCAUGUGCAUUAACUGAGGAGCCUGCUGGAGCAGAUCUCAUAUUUGAUCAAGGAGACAACAUAACGGGUAAGAUAUCAAGGGAAGAGAUUGCUCGGAUAUGUAUUGCUGCUUUGGAUAGCCCAUACGCGUGUGACAAGACUUUUGAGGUAAAGAGUGUCAUACCAUUCAGCGAGCCAUUUACUGCGGACCCUGAGAAUCCGCCACUGAAGGACUAUGAUGUUUAUUUUAAAAAUUUGAAGGAUGGAAUCACAGGAAAAGAAAUCCUAGAACAAAAUCCUUUGCCAGUUUGAUGCCCAACACAUUGCAGGUCUACUUUUCAACACUAAAUCUAUCUCUGAUUACAGGUGUACUCAUAAUAGAGAAAAUAGUAGAGGUUGUGAAUUCAAACGAUUCAGUGACGAGGAGCUGAAAAAGUUAUAGGUUUGUGUUGGAAUGUUUGUCUAACACAGAAGGGAGCGCUUUGCAUCAUGUAAAUUCAUAAUCGGCACAUUAUUUCAAUAAAUGUAUAUAAGCUAUACAAGCUUCUCAUUCAUUAUAUUGUCAAAGGUCUUGCCACGCACAAUAGAUUAUGACGCAAAAGAGAUUUAUUUUCUGUUACCACGCACACACAUUAUGUUAUGUUUUUCUAUUUUGGCAGUUCUGCUGGGAACCUCUUGUGUGUCAACUUUUCAUAGAAGUUUCGUAAGUUUUCUAGUCUUGUAUAAUGUAAUCCUUAGGCUUGCAUUAUGAACACUUCUUUGUAAAGCAGUAAUAGUCAUUGUCAGUUUCAACUGCCUUCUGACAAUCACAAACUCUGUUAUUUCAUAUUUGUUAUAUAUCAUUUAAACCUUCACUGCCA